AUGAUGCCUUCCCUCCCAUCCGUCUUCCUCAGCGCCGCCUUCCUCCUCGCCGCCGCGGCCUACAUCCGCAGCUCCGGCACGGUUGGCAGCAGCACCGCCACCUCCACCACGCACCUCCACUUCUUCAUGCACGACGACUACACCGGCCCGCGACCCACCGCCGCGCGGAUCGUCUCCGGCAGGUCCCUCCUACCCACGUUGGCGUCGUCCAGCGACGGCGACGACAACGCCACAGCCACCGGGAGCACGCUGUCACGGCUGCUCUCGUCGCCGCGGCAGUUCGGCGACGUGGUGGUGCUGAACAACGCGCUGACGGAGGGUCCCGGCGGCGACAGCGCCCGCGUCGGCACAGCGCAGGGGUUCGCCGUGCGCGUGUCGGAGGGCGGCAUCGUAUCGCACCUGACCAUGCACAUGGUCCUCGACGCCGGCGAGCACCGGGGCAGCUCCGUGACGGCGAACGGCCGCAUCGACAUGGACGCGACGGUGCGGGAGUCGGUGGUCAUCGGCGGCACGGGGAAGUUUCGGUUCGCGCGCGGGUACAUGCUCACCCGGAACUACGACUACGACCUCGCCCGCGGCGGCAUCGUCGAGAUCGACGUCUACGUGCAGCACUAG